CCGGCGCUCCUCGACUCCAGUCUGCUACAGGCGAUCGAGCCAACCGGUCGGUUUCCCCACGACAUAUUCAAUUAUACUUUAUCCGAUUUUCUCGACUUAUUAUAAAGGAAUACUAAUUCGCUUACAAUCGCACCGACUUGCACUCGAGCGAAUUUUCACCCGUAUCGUAACGAUUUAUUUGUUGGUUCACCACAAGUUUGUUUGUUUUUUUGGUUUCUUUGGUUGGCGGCAACGAGACAUGCGAGUUUCGAUCGCUUGAUCAAUACAGUCCUACCGAUCGAACGAAAACAAACGACAAGAUGACAGCCAAGAAGAACAAGCGCAGCCAACAGCAGCGUCAGCAGCAGCAGCAGCAACAACAACAGAGCCAACAGCAGCUGACCAGCACAACGACGAGCAGCAGCGUGAAUCGAGAGGAGUCGAUAAAGCGGGCCAAGUACAGCAAGGAGGCCCAGCGCACCUACGAGGCCGAGACUACCGAGCGUCUGGUCAUGGACGCCCAGGGUAACGUCAUCUCGCGCAGCGUCACCGAGACCGGACACUUACCGAUCACCACAAGCUCCUACGACAGCAGCAGUAGCAGCAGCAACAACCACAGCCACAGCAAUAGCAAUAACAGGCAGAGCUCGAGCCAACACAUGACUAGUCAGCAACAUCAGCAGGUCGACGGCAGCAGUUCCGCCAACGCGAAACUGGCCAGCCUCGAUCUGUUGGCUGCCGAGCUCAUGUCGUCCUCGGGAGACGAGCGGCUGCACAAAACCAACGGCCACAUCGUACACACUUCAACGCCCUACGUUCAGAAGAACGUCCAGCACGAGCACAAGGUGGAGCAGCUGCCCAACGGCGGCCACGUCACCCUGGACAAGAGCCAGGGUCACCAGGAGGCUUACGAGGCCACGGCAAACUCCAGCAAGUACGCCGCCAGUUAUUUCGCCAGCAGUAGCGCCGUCUACGAGUCUGGUCAGCAGCAGCAGCAGCAGCAACCCUAUCAACAGGCCCUCACAUCGAACGAAACGAGCAUAGAAAAUCACCGACUGGAUAAGCAAGUCGAAUCCAACAGCAGCGGUAGCAAGACUAAAAAAACGACGAGGAGCUACGACGAGAGCAGCGAGACCGGCUGGGACGGUACCUUCACUUACGAGCAAGUCCAGACGUCACCGCGACAGACUCGCCGCACGAGCAACAACAGAUUCGAGCAGCGCCGCGAUAACGUCGACGUCCGCCAGAUCAAUAACAACCAAAGCGUGAGCUUCGACGAGGCCGAUUACGUUGCCAGCAGCCACAACAGUAGCUACAGCAAUACAGAGCUCAACCAACAGCAGCACGCCGAUCACGAAUUUGUCCGGCGCCGGCUUUUCGACGAGCAGCUCAAACAGCAGCAGCAGCAGCACAAUCAGCAGCAGCACGAAUCGAGUUACGAAGAAACGCGAUUCUAUCGCGAGGAAACAAACUCAGCCGGUAGUCCCGAGCAGCUCUUGCAGCAGCAGCAGCACUCCUCGAAUGAAUCGAAAAUCGAAAACAGACGAUCCUUCUACGACAACGUCGACGAUCAAAAUGUCCUGUACCACGAGGUGGUGCACGAGCGCAGCUCCAGCCCCGUGCACCUGGACUAUCCGUCGUUCGAGUCGAAGGAAGAACAGCGCAGCUAUUACUACGACAACGUCGACGAGCAAAGUUCCAUGUAUCACGAGGUGAUGCACCAGCGGAGCGUCAGCCCGGACUUUGUAGCGAACGAUCGUUUCGGCAACGACACCAAGAUCGACAAUCGCCGAUCGGUCUACGACAACCUCGACGAGCACAGCAGCUCGUCCAUGUAUCACGAGGUCAUACGCCAGCAGAGCGCCAGUCCCGAGCACGUGGUGCCCAUCGGACACAUCAGCAGGGAGCACGAAAUUUACCAAGACGUGUCGACCCUCGACAGCAGAAUCAGCCCCGAGCGAGUCAUCCCGGUGCAGUUCCAGAGCAGCAGCAACGCCAGCGUCAGCGAGGAGCGCGAGCUCUACCACGAGGUCGUCUCGUCGAGCAACGCGAUCGACGACAGGAGCCAGGAGCAGCUCGUGGAGACGAUCCAGCUGAACAGAGCCCGCCAGCCGAGCCCCGACUGGGUCGACAACUUCGUCACGGAGGAGCGCAUCGUCAGCGAGGAGAGGCUCGAGAGCCACGAGGACGAGAUGCUGCUGCGCCAGGUCGUGCCGCCGAACGCGCGCAACGUCACCCUCGAGGAGACCGUCAACGUCGAGGAGAUCGUCCAGACCCACACGACCAUCCUGCCCCCGCCGCCCAGUCAGAUCGUCACCGUGCAGGAGAUCGAGGUCGUCCUCGAGCCCAGCGACACCAACGAGAAGACGGUCACGACCACCUACGUCUACGACGUCAAGGACUCCUUGUACCACUCGGAGGAGAUGCACCACGAGUCGUCCAGCUUCACGUCGCUACAGGAAUACAAUUCGUCGCACGUGAAAGAAGACUAUCAACUCUACGAAGUUAUAGAAAAACCGCAGCCAGUCGUGAUUACAGAGGUAAAAGAAGAUAACUACUAUGAACAGACAGAUGCUGAAAACGUCACAACGAGCCAAAUUGACUAUCCUUUGUAUGAUCAAGUUGAUUAUCGCUCAACAAAAAUUAAACACGAAGAUAAUCUUCGUAUGGAAGGAGAUUUCACUGAAACACGCACUCGAGAUGAUUUUAAAGUUGUUAAAGGUGAAAGAGUUGAGAUCGUUAAGCAUGAAGAUAAUCUUAAAGUGGAAGGCGAAUUUGCACAGCGAGAAGUUGAAGAGUUUAAACCAGCAGAACGUCAGGUUCCUAUCAAACCACAAGAUAAUCUCAAACCCGAAGGAGAGUUUGAGCGUCCAAUAAAAACUACUGUAGGUAUUGCUGAAAGACGAACACUCAUUAAACAAUCCGAUAAUCUAAAAAUUGAGGGUGAGUUCGAAAGACCUACACAUGAAGACUUCAAACCAGCUGAACGUCAAAUCCCCAUAAAACCACAAGACAAUUUGAAACCAGAAGGAGAAUUUGAAAGACCAAUCAAAGAAAUCACUCCAGUAAAAGGUGAUCGAGCUGAUGUGAAAAAACCACAGGAUAAUCUGAAGCCUGAAGGAGAAUUUGAAAGACCAAUCAAAACAGUAAUGGGUACAACUGAAAGAAGAACACUCAUCAAACAUUCAGAUAAUCUCAAAGUUGAAGGUGAAUUUGAAAGACCAACACCGGAAGGUUUUAAACCAGCUGAACGUCAAAUUCCGAUUAAACCACAAGAUAACCUUAAACCCGAAGGGGAAUUUGAAAGACCUAUUAAAGAAGUCACUCCGACUAGAGGGGAUCGAGCAGAAAUUAUUAAACGUACUGAUAAUUUACGCAUGGAAGGUAAUAUGGAGACUAUCACGUCACGCAAUGACUAUUCUGAUUUCGUAGUGCGAGAGCGAGCUGAAGUGACGAAAUAUCAAGACAAUCUGCGAAUGGAAGGUGACUUUAUCGACACACGUACUCGUGAUGACUAUAAAGUCGUUAAAGGAGAACGAGUGGAAAUAAUUAAGCACGAAGACAAUCUGAAGCCUGAGGGAGAGUUUGAACGUCCCAUUAAAACGACUGUUGGCGCUGCUGAAAGACGCACUCUCAUCAAGCACUCCGAUAAUCUUAAGAUUGAGGGAGAGUUCGAAAGACCUUCUCCAAAAGAAAGUUUCAAACCUGCUCAACGUCAAGUUCCUAUAAAACCACAGGAUAAUCUCAAACCCGAGGGAGAAUUCGAGAGACCAAUCAAGGAAAUCACUCCAAUAAAAGGUGAUCGAGCGGAGGUUAGAAAACCACAAGACAAUCUUAAGCCCGAGGGAGAAUUUGAGCGACCAAUAAAAACAGUUAUGGGUACAACUGAAAGACGAACGCUCAUUAAACAUUCAGAUAAUCUCAAAGUCGAAGGUGAAUUCGAAAGACCUACUCCAAAGGAAAGUUUCAAACCUGCCCAACGUCAAAUUCCAAUUAAACCCCAAGACAACCUUAAACCCGAGGGAGAAUUCGAGAGACCAAUAAAAGAACUCACUCCAAUAAAGGGCGAUCGCGCUGAUGUAAGAAAACCACAAGACAAUCUUAAACCCGAGGGAGAAUUCGAGCGACCAAUAAAGCCAACUGUUGGUACAACUGAAAGGCGUACACUUAUCAAACAAUCAGACAAUCUUAAAAUUGAAGGAGAAUUUGAGAGACCAUCUCCAAAAGGUUUCAAACCAGCUGAACGACAGGUUCCGAUUAAACCCCAAGACAACCUCAAACCAGAAGGUGAAUUUGAAAGGCCAAUUAAAGAAAUUACUCCAGUAAAAGGCGAUCGAGCGGAGGUUAAAAAACCACAAGAUAAUCUUAAGCCCGAGGGAGAGUUUGAACGACCAAUCAAACCAACUGUUGGUAAGACCGAAAGACGCACGCUCAUUAAACAUUCGGAUAAUCUAAAAAUUGAAGGAGAAUUUGAAAGACCAGCUCCAAAAGGUUUUAAACCAGCCGAACGUCAAACUCCUAUUAAACCUCAAGACAACCUCAAACCCGAAGGUGAAUUUGAAAGGCCAAUUAAAGAAAUUACUCCAGUAAAAGGUGAUCGCGCUGAUGUGAAAAAACCACAAGACAAUCUAAAACCCGAGGGAGAAUUCGAACGUCCCAUCAAAUCUACUGUUGCUAAGACUGAAAGGCGCACACUUAUAAAACAAACAGACAAUCUAAAAAUUGAAGGAGAAUUUGAAAGACCAACACCACAAAGUUUCAAACCAGCUGAACGAUCAGUUUCUGUAAGGCCACAAGAUAAUUUAAAACCAGAAGGAGAAUUCGAAAGGCCUUUGAAAGAAACUAGUCCUCUGAAAGGCGACCGUGCUGAUGUGAAAAAGCCACAAGACAAUCUUAAACCCGAGGGCGAAUUUGAAAGACCAAUCAAACCAACCGUGGGCGCUGCUGAAAGACGCACACUCAUUAAACAAUCCGAUAAUUUGAAAAUUGAGGGUGAGUUCGAUAGACCAUCUCCAAAAAGUUUUAAACCAGCUGAAAGACAAGUCCCAAUUAAACCUCAAGAUAAUCUCAAGCCAGAAGGUGAGUUCGAAAGACCAAUUAAGGAUGUCACUCCAACUAGAGGCGACCGAGCGGAAAUUGUUAAACAUACUGACAACUUGCGCAUGGAAGGUAAUAUGGAGACCAUCACAUCACGCAAUGACUAUUCCGAUUUUAUAGUACGAGAGCGAGCGGAGAUAACGAAGUAUCAAGAUAAUUUGCGAAUGGAAGGUGACUUCGUAGAUAUGCGUACUCGUGAUGACUACAAAGUCGUUAAAGGUGAGCGCGUAAACGUCGUGAAACAUGAAGAUAAUCUUAAAAUCGAAGGAGAGUUUGAAAGACCUAAGCCCACAGAAUUUAAACCCGCCGAGAGACCAAUUGUCAAAAAACCAGUUGAUAAUCUGAAAGUAGAAGGUGAAUUUGAUAUGCCAGAAAAAUCUAAAACCGUACCUGUAGCUGAAAAACGAACUAUAAUAAAACAUGAGGAUAAUUUGAAAAUUGAAGGUGAUUUUGUUCAAAAAGAGGUUGUUCAAGCUCCAGUUGUAACUGAAAAGAGAACAAUGAUUAAACAAAAAGAUAACCUCAAGGUAGAAGGUGAAUUUACUAAAAAAGAAGUUCCUCGAGCCCCAGUAAUCACUGAAAAAAGAACGGCAAUUAGGCAAAAAGAUAAUCUGAAAGUAGAAGGUGAAUUUGUGAAAAAGCAAGUAGUUCAAGCUCCAAUUGUUACAGAAAAGCGAACUGCAAUAAAGCAUCAAGACAACUUAAAAGUCGAAGGAGAAUUUGCAAAGAAGGUAGUCACAAAAGCACCUAUUAUCACUGAAAAACGAACAGUAAUUAAACAUCAAGAUAAUCUUAAAGUAGAAGGGGAAUUUGCUAAAAAGGAAGUGAAAAAGGCUCCUGUUAUUACCGAAAAACGAACGGCCAUUAAACAAGUGGAUAACUUGAAAAUUGAAGGUGAUUUCGCUAAAAAAGAAGUUGUUCAAGCACCGAUUGUAACUGAAAGGCGAACAGCUAUCAGGCAACACGAUAAUCUUAAAGUAGAAGGUGAAUUCACAAAGAAAAAGGUUGUUGAAACCCCAGUUGUUUGUGAGAGACGUACGAUUAUUAAGCAAAAAGAUAAUCUUAAAAUUGAAGGCACAUUUGAAACUCCAAAAAGUAAGCCACUUGGACCAGCUGAAAAACGUGUUCCAAUUAGACAUUCUGAUAAUCUGAAACCAGAAGGAAACUUCGAGAGACCGAAACCCAAGUCAUACAAACCUGCUGAACGUCCCUCGCCCAUAAGACCUCAAGAUAAUUUGAAACCGGAAGGCGAAUUCGUCAGGCCAGUAAAAGAAAAGGGACCUAUCAAGGGUGAUCGUGCUGAUGUAAAGAGACCACAAGACAAUCUUAGACCCGAAGGCGAGUUUGUACGACCAAUAAAAGAAAAGAGUCCACUUAAAGGCGAUCGCGCUGAAGUAAAGAAACCUCAAGACAAUCUUAGACCCGAAGGCGAGUUUGUACGACCAAUAAAAGAAAAGAGUCCUAUUAAAGGUGAUCGCGCUGAAGUCAAGAGGCCUCAAGAUAAUUUGAAACCUGAAGGCAAAUUAGACAUUCCACAAAGAUCCAAACAAACAACCACAGUCAGCGAAAGACGAUCUGCCAUUCGCCACGAAGAUAAUCUCAAAGUGGAAGGAAAAAUGGAAAUUCCAUCGAAACCGAAAGAGUCACCAACAGUAUUCGAAAGACGCACUGUUAUUAAACACGAGGACAAUCUUCGCAUGGAAGGAAAGAUGGAUAUUCCUCAAAAACCGAAAGAAUCAUCGCCAGCUAGCAUCGAGCGUCGUACAGUUAUCAAACAACAUGACAACCUUAAGAUGGAAGGUAAAAUGGAAAUGCCGCAAAAACCAAAAGACGUCACUACAAUUACCGAAAGACGCACAGCCAUUAAACAACAUGACAACCUUAAGAUGGAAGGUAAAAUGGAAAUGCCGCAAAAACCAAAAGACGUCACUACAAUUACCGAAAGACGCACAGCCAUCAAACAACAUGACAACCUUAAGAUGGAAGGUAAAAUGGAAAUGCCACAAAAAUCAAAAGACGUUACUACAGUUACCGAGAGACGCACAGCCAUCAAACAAGCGGAUAAUCUCAAAAUCGAAGGUAAAAUGGAGAUGCAGCAAAGGGCUAAGGCUCCAUCUCCCGUGGCAAUCGAACGUCGAACCAUCAUUAAGCACGAAGACAAUUUGAAAAUGGAAGGUAGGAUGGAAAUGCCGCAGAGGCCGAAGGAACCUUCUCCAGCUCCAGCCGAAAGUCGAACGAUCAUCAAGCAACACGUUGAAAGAAAAGUUGAAAUGUCACAAACAGCGAAGGCUCCGUCUCCGGUUACGAUGGAACGUCACACCGUCAGUAAACAACAGGCGCACAUGAAGAUUGAGAACGAAGUGACGAAACGUCAAUCAGAGCAGCGGGAAGUUAAGCAGCAGCACCAUGAAGAGCGAGCUAGUUCUGUUCAUAAAUCGACUGAACAACGCAAAGUCAUGCAACAAUCAGAUCUACGCCGGGAAUCCCACUUCCAGCGUUCACUACGCGUCGAAGACAAGAAUCAACAGCAGCAGCAGCAGCAACAACAACAACAACAAGUUAUUAAAAAAGUCGUACAAAUUCCAUACAGACCCGAGCCUCAUGUACGAGUGGAAAGUCACGAAUUCAACAAACAAGUCCGUCAAACUCUGGAUCAGGAUUAUUACGCACAGAUCUUAGCACAGCCGAAACUAACGACAGAAGUGGUAAGGCGAGAAAACGUUCACAGCUUCGAAGGUCGAGAAGUGCCGGCGUCAGUCAACAACGUCCGCACCAGUCUUCACAACGAGUCCAAGCUCGUAUCCGGUGCUCACAUCAGCAGUACCGAGGUACGCGAGGCUCGACCGGUGAGCUUGGCUCGUCUCGACGAUCAGUACGAACGGCGCCAGCAUCAGAGCCUCGUACGUCAACGACAGGAGCAAUUGGAGCGCCAGCAGCGCACCAUGACGACGAGCAACCAUCAGCAGCAUGAGCAACAGCAUCAGCAGCAGCAGCAACAACAACAGGAAGUUCAGCGAACGAGCUCGGGCCACAAGCGCUGGAAUCUGAUCGAAUCGAAAACCGACAUCAGCAACACGGCGCUGCACAGACGCAUAGCCAGCGCCGAGCGAGACGGCCGAAUGGAGCAAACCUCGUUCCACGAGAUGGUGGACCAGAGUCGGGAGACGCGCAGCAGCGUGCAACGCAACGGUGGCGAGCCCAUCGUCAGUCAGAGCUACGCCAGGGAGACCCGAGUGCAUCGAUCGCCGCCUAAGGAUAAUUUGCAGGUGCAGGCACCACAGCAUCAACAGCAUCAGCAUCAGCAACAGCAGCAAAGAAUCGAGUCGUCGUCGUCGAACCAGAGUCACGAACGUCGCUCCACCGAGAGGUCCCACGUCCGGAUGGAGCGAGGCAGCGAGGAGCAACGCGUUUCCUCUUCGAGCACCUACUCCACGGUGCAAGCGCCGUGUCCAACUGCUCUUCUCCAGGACGAGAAGGCCCAGUUCAAGCAUACUCGGGACACGCAGCGCCACAAAUUUUACAUACCCGUGGUAGAAACCAACUGAUCACUGCGUUUCUUCAAGUGCAUUUCUCAACGCCCCUGUAUUUCGUUCAGCAUACAAAUCGAUUUGGACUGUGAUAAAUAUUCGUGAACCGCGCCACAUCGUUUACUCUUUACCCUUCUCCGGUCGUAAAUUUUAAUUUCUAUACCUCAUUGCAGUGGUGUCGGCUGGUGCUCAAACUUCACAAAACUCAUCGAGUGCUCCAUCAUACCGAUCUUGUCUUUUACUUUAUUUCUCUUUUAUCAUAUUUGUUAUGUAAUGAGAUCUGCAAAGUAAACAUUUCAACUAGACUUUUAUUUAUUAUAUGUUUGUAAAACGUAAAUUACAUUUAAGCAUAUUGUUGUCGCUUCAUAAAGACAACCAUGCGGUGCUACGUGCUGCUGCACCGAGCGUUGCCAUAUAUAUUUACUGUCAUUUUCUAAAAUUUUCAUAUUAAUCAUUGUAAUCCGAAAAACAAAGAAUAUAUGUUAUUAUAUUAUUAAACAUUGUCAUAAAUAUAUAAAAAAUGAAUGUUAUAUAAAAUAAGAAAAAAAUUAUUUAACUUAAUCUAUGCAAUUGUUGAUUGAUAAUCAAAUGCUUACACCAUUUUUUGACGUAUUUUUAUAUACAAUGAUCACAAUUAUUCUUUUUAUUUUACUUUUUAAUAAAAUUCGUUUUAUUAUUUGCUAAUCCCCUUUUUAUGACAUGUCCAAUGUAAUUAACCUGUUGAUUAUAAUAAUAAACUUUGCUUACAUUUA